AACAAACCCAACCUUCUAAAAACAACAUUCUAAAAACGGGAAAAAAUAAUAAAGAAAAGGAUAGCUUCUUUCUUCUUUUUGUUGUUCUGGGCAUUAUCAUGAAAAUGGGAUUUUCAUGGAUGUGAAUUUUGGGUGCAAAGAGCCAUUAAAAAAAUGGCUGCUGAGAUUGAAACUCGUCACAGCUUUUGCAGCAACAACAACAACAACAACACUUGUUCUUCAUAUCACCAUCUCUUGGAGGAAUUAUCUACUAUACUGGAUCAUGGUUCAAUUUCUUUCGGAAGAUAUGCUGGUGACUCAAUUGCAUGGGAAAAAUGGUCAGUUUUCACUCACAAUAGAUGUCAAGAGGAACUAGAGAAAUUCAAGGCCCCCGGAUUAGUUGCUCAAAAGAAGGCCUACUUUGAAGAAUACUACAAAUAUGUUAGAGCUAUGAAAGAAUUACCAGCUCAUCAGCAAGAAACCUGCAGAUCUGAUCCUAGUCAAGAGACACAGGAGAACACAACACUUAUAGGAAAUGGUAUUGAUGCUGCUGUCGCAGAAAAGGAAGAUAAACUGAGUAAUGUUAGUCAAAUUCAGAUCUUAGACAAUGCUAAGGCUAUUCACCUGAAUCCAAACAACUUGAAACCAUCUUGCAAAGAAGCGGAAAGUUGCUCUAGUGGAAACAAUCAUGCUACCAUAAAGGAAGGACCAAAUGUCUCCACAAAUAUUGUUGAAGCAGAAAAUUAUUUUGGAGAGGCUUCUGUCCCUUGCUCUCCGCUGCUUGAUGGAAAUUCCGAAAGUGUUCAGCAAAACAGCAUUGCCUUCGGCAAAAUGAGUCAAACUAUCAACGAACCGAGAAAGCAUGGCACUCUUCUGGAGGAUAAGGGAACUGUUGCUUUUGUGAUAAACAAAGCAAAGGUAAGCAGCAUAACUACAAAAGAUGCUGUUAUGAAAUCCAAGCCAAAGCCAUGUUUUCAGCAGCAAGCUACUGUUAAGGUCAAUAAAAGUGUCCCUUCAAGAAAAAAAAGCACUUCGAAUGCUGUAGGAAAUAUUAACAGACAAAUUACUGAACCACACUCCAGUUUCCCUAGAUUGUGUGUGUUGUCGGCAAGGGGUAGGGUGGUGUCAUCUUCUUCUAGCUCUAGCAUUAGAAAAGCGGAGGCCAAGCCAAGUUCAAAUUCUCAACAUUCAAGAACCAAACUAGAAACAAAGUUGCUAAUUCAAAUUCCCAAUGUUCAAGUAACAAGGCUGGCGUCAUCUACUUCUACCUCUAGCAUUAGAAAAGCUGAAUCCAAGCCAAGUUCAAAUUCUCAACAUUCAAGAAACAAACUAGAAACAAGGUUGCCAGUUCUUUCCAGAUCUGCUAAGAGCAUUUCCGAAAACAUUGCUCUAACUGAUGGUCUCAGAAACAUGGCUCAUGACGGGAGGAAGUCGUCAGAGUGGAGUAAAUGCCAUAUGAGAUCAGGGGUUGAAGAAUCUACCAGCCAGAGAUCAAAAGUGAAAUUCAGAAACCUCUAUGCUCAAGAAAAGUCAAAUAACAGCAUUGGAGUUGAACGGUUCAGGAGUUAUAACAAAGAGCUAAAACAGGAAGAGGGAAAGGACAAGAUUCACGUGGGACUCAGAAGAGAUGCAAAACACACGUCAACCCUGUUGUCUCGAACUAACAGGGUUUCAGUCCAAAAGCUUGCUCACAAGAUUGUACCUCUGGAGUCUGUAAAACUUAAGUGUGAUGUAGCAGAACAAAGGCAGAAGAGGCCAAUCUGGCGGUGGUGAAAGUGAGACGAGGGAUAUUGAGGGUCUCUGCCUUAUUCCAAGCAUGUUGAAUCAGUAAAGGUUUUCUAGGAUGCAAGAGAAUGGAAUGAGAACUUGUAUAUAUAUGUUGAUAAUUUUAAAUACAUAUUUUUCUUAACCUGUAAAUGCUGAGAACAAAUGUAUUCAUUGUGCAAAUGUGCCAUUGGAAUUAAUCAGUAGUCAUGUUUGUGUCACAUAACCAUUAUUCUCUCUUUUCAAAAUUGACUUAUCAGGGUGUAUAGUACUAAUGUUUUUAUAUCUCAUGAUCCCUCUUUCAUGUGCGAUGUGAGAUUGGAAUAUUUUGUCUAUUCUCCUUUGGAGGGUUUGAGAUGACAUUUUUCCUCAUUUAAUCUCGUGACGUCAUCAUUGCAGAGACUGAUCACUGUCAACCUCAUUUUGAGGGAUUUGGCGUGGGUCGAACAGUUUAAGAUUUGCUCUGAUAUUAUUUGUCAUGUGAUCAAUAUUUUUUUUUUUUUUAAAUUGACUUAUCAAGGUGUGCAGUGUCAAUAUUUUUGUGUUUUAGUGAUUUCUUUUCCAUAUUCGAUGUAAGAUUUGAAUAUCCUACCUAUUUUCUUUAGAGCACUUGACUUGACAUUUGAUCACCAUCGAUGAAUGAUCGUUUGAAGUGUUAGAUAAUGAAUCGUUUCAAGUUUAAGAUGACCUGAAAUGCUAUCUAAUCUAAUAUAGUUGGCCUUAUUCCGGGCCCUCUUUCUUUGUCAUCGAUUAAUAGGCUA